CUACAGCUCUGGGCAUCUUGCUCCUCGUCUUUGGACUGGUGCUACACUCGUGCCUUUGUCUUGCACUGAAUUAUUUUCAGGCGACGAAGGUCGGUGUGCCGCUUCGCAUAAUCCCCAUCAGCCACAACAAUCCACUAUGGAUGCUUCUCGACCGACCCGUCCUUGCGUUUUUCAGGCGUCUCCCAUUCGGACUUGGUGACAAUAGCUUCACCAGGUACAAUUUUCGCGCAUGGGAGCUUCAAGACAGGUACCAUUCCCAUCACGAGAUGGGCGAUGUUUGGAUGCAUGUCACGCCAGUGAGGAACUGGCUGUAUAUUGGGGACCCUGAAAUUGUCACGGAGAUCUGGAAGAGAGGGAGAGAUUUCCCCCGAGAGACCUCCGCUACUGCGAUGCUCGAUGUGUUCGGUGAAAACAUCGCCACAUCACAAGGAGAGCAGUGGCGCAGACACCGAAGGCUCGUGAAUAAUUCUUUCAAUGACCAGAACAAUCGUAUUGUCUGGUCCGAGAGCAUCAACGUAGCGUCCGAUGUUUUGCAAUACUGGAUAUCUGAGAGGUCUGUAAAGACGACAGCUGAUGAUACUCGAACCCUGGCUCUCCAUGUCAUGUCUCGAGCUGGCUUCGGAAGGUCCUUCAAGUUCCAAGGCCGGACAAAGGACAGUGCAAACGACUCAAACGGGCCGACGAUGAACUAUAAGGACUCUCUCAAAAUGAUCCUGGAUAACUGCGUUCUGAUCUUUGUCUUUGGGCCAAAGUUUCUGAGCAAGGCCUGGCUUCCGCAAAAGCUUCGGUCUCUACAUAAAGCAUGUGUGUCUUUCCAACAGCACAUGACGGAAGCCUACGAAGAAGAGAAGCGUGUUCUGGGCGCUGGUGAAUCCCAACCCGCAGACCAGAACUUCUUAACGCUGCUUGUUCGCGCAUCACAAGGCGAGAACCAGGGACACAGUAGUGGUGUUCACCUGACGGAGAGCGAGAUCUAUGGCAACAUGUUCACCUUUAACUUCGCUGGGCAUGAUACUACGGCACACACGUUCACAUUCGCUCUCUACUUCCUGGCAGCCUUUCCGGAAGUGCAGGACUGGAUCAAUGAGGAGAUCCGUCAUGUGGCAGGUACACGAUAUACACAAGAAAUGGAGUACGAGCUGGAUUUUCCAAGGUUGAGGCGUUGUCUGGCAGUAAUGCUGGAGACUUUGCGUAUCUAUACGCCCGUUCCGACCUCCAAAUUUACCGAUACCAGCGCACAGACUUUGAGAGUGGGCAGACAAGGAAAGACCAUUACGGAUCCAAAAUGGUGGGGCACCGACUCACUUCAGUGGCGCCCGUCUCGUUGGAUCGAGGCUCAUGAUCAAAGUUCGGACAGUUCCGCUCUGUGCGAUGAGGAACUUCUUACACCUCAGCGAGGCACGUAUGUGGCUUGGUCUGGGGGUGCCCGGGACUGCCCGGGAAGGAAGUUCUCGCAAGUGGAGUUCGUAGCAACAUUAGCCACGUUGUUCCGAGAUCAUCGUGUCGAACCGGUGCCGAUGGCCGGAGAGACACCCGAGGCUUCCAGAAAGAGAGUUCUGCAUCUGAUCGAGACGGACUCUGCGCCAGUCCUCCUUCUGCAGAUGCUGCAUCCCGAGCGAGCACCGCUGAGAUGGAGCCGCAGAUGA